AUGUUUAGACUCAAAGAUAAGGGAAGUCAAUUAGAUUUCAUAGGUUAUACUCUGAAAUAUCAAGAUAAAUGAAGUAUUAAAAGACAUGUCUUUUAUACUGACCAUGCCGGAAGUAGAGGUAUAGCAUUAUACCCUAAUAAAGAUAAGGUUAAAACAUUCAUUGAUAAAAUAAGGGAGAUAUUUAAGAAAUCUAUGAAUUUAUACUCAUAUAAUCUAAUUGCUAGAUUAAAUUCUAUUUUUAUAGGAUGAUCUAACUACUAUAACAUGGGUAACUCCUCUCAUUAUAGAGACACUGUUCGUAAUGCUAUAUAUCAUAUAGUAUGAAAAUGAGCUAAAAGAAAACAUAGAAAAUGAGGUAGAAUUAAGAUCGCUAGUUACUACUUCCUAACCCCUAAGGUCUUGGGUACAAAAAGAUACAAUACUCAGUAUUUCAAAGUAAUAAAUGUAAAAUGAGUUUUCCAUGGAAAAACAAAUUCCAAAUCUAGAUAUAUUGACAAUUCAAAAACAAUAUAUUUAGUAGACGUAGGAAAUGCAUCACAACUACUUACAUUUAGAAAAUACGUGAUACUUAGAAAUAUUAUAGGUAUUCAUGCAUAUCACAAAGAUUACAUGAAGAUUAUUGAAUUCAAUACAAAUGUUAAUUUCAAAGCCUUAGGUAAAUCAGCUCCUUUCAAACAACGUCUAAUAGUCAAACAAAAUAACAUAUGUCCUCAUUGCAAGGGCACACUAAUGGAAUCCUCUAUAGGUUGAAAUAAGGCUUUACACAUUCAUCAUAUCAACCUUAUAGCCAAAGGUGGUGCUCGUAAUAAAAUUGAUAAUUUAGUUUUAAUACAUUCAUGAUGUCAUAAAGAUCAACACCGUAGGAAUGGAAGCCACAAGUAA